GAUGAGGCAUUCACCAAGAGGUUGCAGAAAGAGCUCUCAGCCAAAGUGAAAGAUGAGCUGAAGAAAGAUUGCAUCGCACUUGGCAUCACAUCUUCGGGGCUCAAAGCUGAUCUAGUUGCUCGCAUUGUUGAGUUUCAGGUGAAAUCAAGACAAGCGCAAACGCAGGGGCAAGCGCGAGAGGAGGAGGCAGAGGCAGAUGCAGCAUCGCAAGCAAAGCAAGACAGAGACGCCGACACACCAGCAGGUAGCAGGAAUGCUGAAGGCAUCGAGAAGGAGAAGAUACAUACAACACCUCGAGUCCUUCCCAGCAAAGUCGAGAGCAGUGCAGCCUCACAGCACGAGGAAGACACCAAGUCAGAGUCAUCGGAGGCAGAGAAGAGCGGGGAGGAUGCGGAGGACACGAAGCUCGAGGACUCGAACAUCUUUUCGGGGCUAUCGCUCUUCAGCAAGAAAGCAAUCAAGGCUGGAGACAGGCAGGCAGGAGGAGAGAGGAAGACUCUAGGGUCUCUCCUCAAGAAGAAUCUAGCGGGGCUGUUAGGCGACAAGGUGCUGCUGUAGCACUUGCUAUGAGAGUCUGAGAGGGUGAAGGAGAAGAAGAAGAAGCGACAGCUGGCAACGAGCCUCUCAACCCACCUGGGAGGGAACGUGAGCAGCAGGAGAGGCGAAGAGUGAGAGCAGCCGUUGCGAGGGCUGGCGACCUCACGCUUCCUGCAGCCUCGCGGAGACAUUGACAAGCAAGAGCAAGCUGAUAGGAAUCGACAAGAAGUUGACGGUGGAGAAGGAGCGAAUGCGAGAAAAAAACAGACCUGACGCUGAGACGAAGCGAGAAAAAGAUUGGUUCGGUGAGAGAGGAGAGAAUGAACUAGACAGAGGGGCGCGUGGAGGAAAGGGAAGGAGGAGAGAGUCUGAGGUGUCGGAAGGAGAGGAAGCGAGUGAGAGUGAGAAUAAGUUGAGCUGCUUGCAGGCAUGAAGAAUUCUCCUCUUGAUCGAGAUGCCAAGUAUACCAUCGCGCUCAUUGCCAACAGGCAUGCCAUCGACCCCAAGCGCCACUACCGCAAAGAAGAAAGAAAACCUCAAAACACGCCCAAGUUGUUCCAGGUUGGAACCGUGAUGAGCACCUCUGCUGAGUUCUACUCGUCGAGGCUAAAGAGGAAAGAGCAAAGGCCCAAUCUAGCGGAGGAGAUUCUGAGCGACGAGCGCCUCAACCCGUACUUGAAGCGGAAGUUUUCGGAGCUGCAGCAAGACUUCAAGCAGAAGGGAAGGAAAGCUCUCAAGAAGCAGCAGGGCCAGAAGACGCCCAAGUGGAAGAAGCAAGCAGGCGUCAAGCGGAGCAAGAAAAGCAGAUAGAAGAGACUAGCAGAUAGAAAAGGAGGGCACGACAUGUACAGCCCUGUUUCUCGUAACUAAAGCUUUUACUUCAAGCC